GAAACAUUUUCCAGUUCCGGAUGGCUUACAAGCAUAUAUAUAUGUCACUAGCACAGGCAACUUAUAAGCCUUUCAAACAAACACUUAUCUUUCCUCUGCGUUCUUUACAACCUCUCUGUUAGUCACUCCAUCUAAACAUAACCCCAUAUGCCGGUCUCUAAGCAGCAGCAGCAUCGGAAACGGAACCGUAACCGCUCUACUUAUCAUCCUCCUCCACUAUUUUGGAACAAUCUCCCCAAGCUGUGGUUGACUAAAAGCGCUUUAAAAGAAGCUCACCGACAAAAUCAACCGCUCUGUCCAAGUCAGACCUGCUUUCCCAACUCUUACACCUUUGCCUCUGAUUUCUUACGUGACUGCUCUGCGACUUCUUUACAAGAGAUCAGAAGAUCUUCCCGCUGUGGAGGACAAGAUCUAGCCGAUAUUAGGAAUUAUCCUGCACCAGCCCACUUCUCUCAAUCCUCUAUAGAUCCUACCAACUCCAACCCAGCGCCAAUGACUGGAAAAGCCACUGUCUAUGAUCGGAAUCUUGAGGAACAUCUACUUGACCAUGGUGUUCUUCUCCCAUUAUCUACGUAUCCCGAUGGGACGGAGCCCGACGAACUACAGAAUCUGGUCGAAAUACAAAGGAGACUACAGGCUCCACGACCAUCGCGUGUAUUAUCACCGGACUUGUUGAAGAAGGAAUACAAGGAAUUCACUCGAAUCAACAGCAGAGCCAUUGAUGAACAGCUAGUGAUCAAGGAUACCCUGCCUAUUCUUGAGGGCAAACCAAUUGCUGCUUCCUCUUCUUCCUCUUCGACACCGCUUUAUGAAUCUGGCCCCGUUGACCGACGGGACGUUGGCCCAUGCGAAGCCCGAUUUCUACUACGGUGCACGAUCAACCAGCUCGAGCCGGCUGUUCGACAGCAGCUGAGUCACCUGAUCAUACCAACCACCCAAGGCAACCGCCCCGUGGCGCCGAACUUUUUCGUCGAGGCUAAAGGUCAUUACGGGUCCGCUCCUGUCGCUAUGCGGCAGGCUUGUUACGACGGCGCUCUGGGCGCGCGAGCGUUACAUGCACUCCAGCUUUUUGGGAAUGGGAAUGGGAAUGGGGCUACUGGUGAAUGCAGACCGACAUAUGACAACCAAGCCUAUACUCUGAUGUGUACGUAUUGUAGUGGAACUCUGGGCAUUUACGCGACCCAUCCUACCAGGUCUAGGAGCAACCACAAGCCCAGCCACCAAGACGCUUCUACUACUACGACGUCGACGACGACGACGACGACGGCGGAUUAUGUGAUGACCCAAAUAGGGCAAUGGGCCUUACACGGGGAUCCCGACACCUAUCAGCGGGGCGUGACUGCUUAUCAAAACGCGCGGGACUUGACUGCCGAGUAUCGAGACUCGCUGAUCAAGCAAGCGAAUGAACGAUAUUCGGCCGCUCAAGAUAACCAAGGCCCUACAUCUCAGCCCAACCCCCCCGACGAAGGCGGGGAUUCUAGCUGGGAGUAAGUAAGCAGGGUUGCUAUUGGGUUUUGGAGAGGUGGG